AUGGCUGUGCCACACAGUCGCCAGUCGACCUCCUACUCUAGCUACAGCAGUCCCGCCAGUCACUCCACAUCACGCCAGACCACGACGCAGGACAUCUCCCGAAAUACGACUACGGGCUACCGGCAGAGCACUCGCAACUCGCUGUAUAGCACGUACGAUUACAAUGGCACUACGACUGAGUCACGGCCGCGCGCAGGAGCACACAGCGUUAGCAGGCCACCCACGGCGCGUCCACGGACUGGUGUCUCGACCAUCGGCGUCGAGAAUCAAGAAAUCAUAUGUGCCAUCGCUGAAGCCCGCGGUCCCACACCUACCGUCGGGCUGGCAUUCAUCAAUCUUGACACUGGUGAGGCUGUGCUCAGUCAGUUCAGCGACAGUCAGACUUAUAUCAAAUCGAUUCACAAGCUCAUGGUGUUCAAUCCAAGUAACAUCUGCAUCGUGUCGUCUUCAGCUUAUCCGAAGUCCAAGCUGUUCUCCAUCAUAGAGGACCACCUCGAUGAUAUCGGGUGCAAUAUGACGCUUCUUGAUCGCAAGUACUGGGCAGAGACUGUAGGUCUCGAGUACAUUCAGCAGCUUGGAUUCGCAGAGGACAUUGAGUCCAUCAAGACUGCAGUCACUGGCAACUACUAUGCAGUAUGCAGUUUUGCUGCGGCUCUGAAAUUUACGGAGCUUGGCGUCAUGAAGACGUUCCCUUACCAUUCUCUUCGCAUCAAGUAUGAACCCUCCGAGGGUUCGACGUUGAUCGAUCUCAGCACAAUCAAGUCUCUGGAGCUUGUGCAGAACUUGUGCAAUCCAAAAUCGAAAGACUGCCUCUUUGGCCUGCUUGGCGAAACAUUGACACCGAUGGGCACUCGUCUAUUGAAGAGCAACAUUUUGCAGCCCAUCACGAAUCCAGAUACAUUGAAUAAGCGCUACGAUGCUGUAGAAGAGCUUAGCACCAAGGAAGACAUGUUCUUUUCCGUUCGCGCGGCUCUAAAGCCAUUCUUGGAUGCAGAUCGUAUCCUCACCCAGCUCAUUAUCAUACCCGUUCAUCCAACAAUGCACACUACCGAGCAAGGGAUCAACAACAUCAUCAUGCUAAAGCAAUUUGUCACUCACAUCAAGCCAAUGUGGGAGGCUUUAGCAGGUUGUCGGUGUGAAAUGUUAACAGAGAUUCAACGCAUCAGCGCCCCUGAGAACCUCGAGACUGUCAUAGACUUGAUAUCCAGCACGAUCAAUGAGGACACAAUGUACGCGAAACAACCUCUGGACUUGCGGAAUUCGCGCACGUAUGCCGUCAAAUCUGGAGUGAAUGGACUACUCGAUGUCGCCCGUCAGACGUACAAGGAGUCCAUGACUGACGCUCUGCAGCACAUUGACGAUACGUGCAAAGAACAUAAGCUACCACUGCAGACUAAGUACAGCAACGAUCGCGGUUUCUAUCUACGGCUUCGUGUAGAGGAACUCGAGGAUCGCAACAUGCCCCCAGUGUUCGUCAACGUGUACCGCAGGAAGGACAUAAUUGAGUGCCAAACUAUGGAGCUCAUCAAGCGCAACCAAAAGAUCAGCGAUGCGCAUACGGAAGUCCUACUCAUGAGCGACGAGUCCAUUAAGGUGCUAACUGACAAUAUUCGAGAGCACAUGUCGGGGCUGUUUAAGGUCUGCGAGUGCGUGGCAAUGUUGGACAUGCUCGCAGCACUCGCACAUGUUGCAUCUUCUCAAGACUACAGCAGACCAGCAUUGAGCAAAACGUUGGCAAUUCGUGCUGGGCGACAUCCAAUUCGCGAGAAGAUCCACAACACGAAGUAUAUCCCCAACGAUGUCUAUGCCACUCAGCAAACUCGUUUUCAGAUCAUCACAGGCUGCAACAUGAGUGGUAAGAGCACCUACAUUCGUAGUGUGGCGUUGAUGACCAUCAUGGCUCAAAUCGGCAGCUUUGUGCCAGCACAAUACGCUGCUUUUCCCAUCAUCCAACAGCUCUUCGCUCGCGUCUCCAUGGACGACAGCAUCGAAGCAAAUGUCUCCACGUUCGCAGCCGAGAUGCGGGAAGCAGCUUUCAUUCUCAAAAACAUCAAUCGACACAGCAUGGUCAUUGUGGAUGAGCUUGGCCGUGGUACAAGUACACGAGAUGGUAUUGGCAUUGCUAUCGCUAUUGCAGAAGCCCUAGUCCAGUCCCGGGCGCUCGUAUGGUUCGCAACACACUUCCGCGAUCUUUCCACCAUCCUCGCCGAAAGGAACGGAGUGGUCAACUUGCACCUAUCAGUUAAGAUCUCACACAGCCGCAUGGAGAUGCUCUAUAAGAUCGCCUCUGGCACAGUCACGGAAGAGCACUACGGUCUCACACUAGCAAAGAUCCUCCCUCUACCGUCAGAUGUUAUCGAACAUGCCGAACGCGUCAGCCACAUUCUUGAAGCACAAGUCAAAAGACGCAAAGAACAUUCUCUGGGAGUGGUCCAUGCUCGUCGCCGAAAACUUCUUCUCAAUCUUGUCGAGCACUUAAAUCAAGCUAGAGAUGGGACCAUGUCUGAAGAGAAUCUGAAAAAGUGGCUUGUAGAUCUGCAGAUUGAAUUCAUCAAUCGUAUGUCAGCUCUUGAUAGAGAAGCCACGAAAAUCCAGCAAGGGUUGGGGGAAGAAGACGAAGUCAGCCUCGACGGCAAUGAUGAUGAGGGGAUCGUGGCAAAUGAAAGUGCUUCACGCGGCACUGUUGUUGGCUCUCAUAAUAUCGGUUCUCCAUACAUCGAGGACGACUACAUGCGUGAGGAUGAGGACGACGACGCAAACGAUGACAAGGAAACCCGACCGCCAACGAGUAAUUUUGCUACUGAAUAG